AACUAGGCCACUAAAUUUCUCCUAAACCUUUCCUGCAAAUCCCUUAUUUAACCCUUCUCUCACCUUCAAAGGCUACUCAAUAGAAUUCUCUCCUUAUAUCCAAAAGAAAAAAAAAAAAAAAAAAGUCAUGGAAUUUCUUUCUUCAAUUACUGUAGAGGUUGGAAAGUGUUGUUUUGCAGCCGCUGGUGAUCAACUUGGUUACUUGUUUCGUUACAACAACGACAUUGAAAUUUUGAAAAAGCAAGCUGAGAAGCUGGCAGAUAGAAGACGUAGUAUGCAACUGAAAAUCGAAGUUGCUGAAAGACAAGGAGAAAUCAUCUUUGCUAAUGUUCGAAGCUGGAUAGCAGAAGUUGAUAAUAUUUCUGCAAAAGCUGAACGCUUUUUGGAAGAUGAAGACAAAGCCAACAAGAGGUGCCUCAAAGGGUGGUGCAUUAAUCUCAAACAACGUUAUCGAUUCAGUAAAGAGGCAAAGAAGCAUACUCUGGUGAUAUCUGAACAGCUCCAAGAAGUGGGAAAGUUUGAUGAGAGUGUGUCUUGUCCUGGUCCUCCAUUUGGUAUUAUAUCGUCAUCGAAGUUAUUUUCUUCAAGCACUUUUGAAUCUAGAAAUUCAAUUAAGAAGCAAGUUAUGAAGGCCUUAACUGAUAGUGACAGUGUCAGCAUAAUUGGAAUAUGGGGAAUGGGGGGUGUGGGUAAAACCACGCUAGUCAAAGAAAUCAGCCAACAUGUAAAAGAAGCUAAGAUGUAUGAUGUUGUAGUGAUGGCAGUUGUCUCUCAAACCCCUAGUAUUAGGAAAAUUCAAAGCAAUAUUGCUGACAUGUUACAUGUAACAAACUUGCCGGCUAGUUCUGAAAUAGCAAGAGCAAGUUUCCUAUGGGAGAGAAUCAAGGAGAAAGAGCGGAUCCUCAUUAUUUUAGAUGACGUUUGGGAAAGAAUCAAAUUGGAUGAGAUUGGUAUUCCUUUUGGGAGUGACCAUAGAGGUUGUAAAAUUUUAAUCACCUCUCGAAGCAAAACUGUAAGUAAUCAAAUGGAGUGUCAAGAGAUACAUACAGUUGAAACUUUAUCAAAGCAAGAAUCUUGGAUACUUUUCAGCGAGAUUGUGGGCUCAAAUGUCGAAACUUCUGACAUAAGCUCUUUUGCAAGAGCGAUAGCUGCUAAAUGUGGUGGCUUGCCACUUGCAAUUGUGAUAAUAGCAGGAGCUUUAAAGGGCAAGAACAAGCAUGUGUGGAGAAACGCAGCACGACAACUUCAAAAGUCCAACCCCUCUGACAUCCCAGGAGUGGAGGGGAUCUUAUUUUCAUCUUUGGAGCUGAGCUUGCAUUAUCUAGAAAAAGUGGAGUCAAAAUCACUUUUCUUAUUUUGCAGCUUAUUUCCAGAGGAUUGCAAAAUUCCAAUUGAAGUUUUAGUGAGAUAUGCGAUUGGUCAGAGGUUGUUUAAAGACGUUGAUGAGACCAUAGAAGAUGUCAGAGAUAGAGUUCAUGCUAUUGUAAGUACCAUUACUUCUUCCUUUCUCUUAAUUGAUGAUGGUGAAGAGUAUGUUAAAAUGCAUGAUGUAGUGCGGGAUUUCGCAUUAAACAUAGCUCCUAAAUACAACCACCAAUUCAUGGUAAAAGCUAACAUUGGUGUACGACAGUGGACAAACAUAGAUACAUUCGAAGAUUUCACAUGUAUCUCACUAAUGUCAAAUAAUACUAUGCAGCUACCUAAUGAGUUAGAAUGCCCAAAGUUGCAGGUUUUGAUGUUGGAUGGCAGUUCUGAGAUUCUUUUUCCUGGAAAUUUCUUUCAAGGAAUGAAAAAUCUCAAUGUUUUAGACUUGAGUGGAUUCACACUCUUGUCAUUGCCUGAUUCAGUUUCAUUUCUUUCAAAUCUUAGAACAUUGCAUAUUAGUGGUGGGGAGUUGGGUGACAUAGGAGUAAUUGGAAAGCUAAGAAAACUAGAGAUUCUUAGUCUCUCCAAAUCUAAUAUUGAGGAGAUCCCCGUAUCCUUUAGCCAAUUAAGUAAUCUCAGAUUAUUAGAUUUGAAUAAUUGUGGGAAGUUAACACUAAUACCUUAUGGUGUUAUACGCUCUCUCAAAAAGCUAGAGGAGUUGUAUAUUAAUACAUUCAGGCAAUGGGAAUAUGAAAGUGAAAAUUUGAUAAGCAAUGCCAAUCUUGUUGAGUUACAAGUCUUGUCCCGAUUGACUCAUUUAGAGAUUUUUAUCUCAAACCUUAAUGUCUCACCAAAAUUGUUGAUAUUUCAAAAUAACCUAUCCAAAUUUAAAUUAAGAAUAGAAUAUGGUGCAUAUUGUGACUAUAGGGAUUAUUAUUUGUCUGAGAGUGGAUCCUCAAGAACUAUGAGUCUCUCACAAACCAACAUUUCAGAGAUACAAGACUGGGUUAAAGGUUUGCUCAAAAGAACUGAGUAUCUUAUUUUAGAGGAAAUUGUUAAUUUAGAGAGUAUUAGUCAUAACUUAGUUGAAGAAGGGUUAAAUGAAUUGAAGUAUCUUGAUAUCAGAUCAUGUGAUGAAAUAAAGUAUCUCCUAAAUACAAUGGAAUGGACACCAAACUCAACUUUCCACAAUUUAGAGGAAUUGGUUAUCUAUUGUAGUUCCAACUUGGUUGGACUAUGCCAUGGACAACCUCUAACCCAACCUCCAAACCACACCAUAAUCUCCCCAAGUUUGGGAAACCUGACUUCUAUGUGUAUAAAUGAAUGUCCUAAAUUAAAAAACCUCUUCGUCCCUUCCAUUGUCAAAUGUCUGGUGAAGCUCAAAAGUCUUCAAAUAUGGGAUUGCUCAACAAUAGAAGAAAUAGUCACAAAUGAGAAGGGAGAAAAAGAAGCAUCAAUAGAGAGGAUAGUGUUUCCUAGUUUGUACCUCUUGGACCUUGGAUGUCUAGACAGCCUCACUUGUUUUAGCUUUGGAUCAUAUACUAUUGAAUACCCAGCAUUGGAGAGGCUAGAGAUAUUGGGAUGUGGAAACAUGAAGACCUUUGGUUAUGGAGAGCAAGUGACACCUAAGCUUAACAAACUGCUUCUAGAUUGGGUUGAACGUUGGAAUGGCAACUUGAAUGCCACAGUUCAAGAGUACUUCAAUGAACAGAUAAACCCAGUCAGGCUCUAAUGGCGACUUCCAGGCUUUUACUGUCACAUCUCCGUCGCUUCACUCGCUCUCCAUCUCACGCGCCGCUGCUCUAUCACCUUCUCCACGCGACACUACCACCACCAGAACCGUCAGAGUCGCCCUACUUCAAGCACUCGCCGGUGAGUUCUCGUUUCUUCCAUUCCGGUUCAGUAGACGACGACUCGCUCACUGACUCCGGCGCUUACUCCGUCCCGAUCGCGGUGGAGAUUGUUAACUUGUGUGAUGGAGUGAUGGGCAGUGGUAAAGAGUCGAUUCUUCCUGUUCAAACUCUGAUUUCGGUGCUGGAUGCUUAUUAUAAUCUCUGUGGCUUCCCUUGGUGGGUAAUUAUUGCUACUUCGACUUUGGCAUUCAGACUUGCAUUGCUUCCUGUUGUUGUUUUGCAGCUUUGUAAGCUGCGGAAUAUAGGAGAGUUAUCUCCCAAAUGAGCAUAGAAUGUACGAUGCUCUGUCCGUGGAAUUUAUUGCAGGGUGGGACUUUGUGGUUCCAGAACUUGACUGAAUUCCCUCAUGGUCUUUUAGGCCCCAUCUUUCCAAUAGUGAUAGAAUUGUGAAUUAAUAUUCAUUGGUCAUCUUAUUACUUGUUUGAUAUAUUUUCCAGAUUUCUUUUAGGAAAUUUUCACUUGGAAAAUAAGAAGCAUGGCUUAUCGGCAAAAAUGAGUCACGAACAGUUUUGUUGAGUAUUACAAGAGAUAUUUGGAUGUCUGGUCACUACCUUUAUUUUUUAUUGGCUAUUGUAUUCCUCAAGUAAAAUAUUCUACCUUCAUUUCUACUUUGAAAUUAUGUUCCAUGAUUUUAAAUCAGAUUUCCCUUUUAGCUUACCUUCUUGGAUAUUUUUAUUGUUUAUUGAGAUUCACAGUGAAAUUUAUUUUUGUUCUUGGAUUUGUCCACAGUUUAUUGAGUAAUCAUUAAUCUCAGAAUUUAAGCUCAUAGGAUAGAUUCCUAAUUGCAUAAUUGAUUUUAGGGACCAUUCAAACUAAGUGGUUCAUAUAUGUUACCUCAUCCUCGGCUGAAUGGGCAAAAGUUGAUACGUAAAUACUGAUAAUGCCAAUGGCCUAUUGGAUUGUGAAAACACUGCUAUCUAUUUCAUUUUAAUUUCUUUUUCUAAUUGCUGAUCUUUACCCUUAUCAGAAAGGUAAGUAUUUGAUAGGGAAGUUCCCGUGACGUUGUGCUGGGUAUAAUCACUAAUUUAAUUGCCUUGAUUUGCUGGGUCAUCUUAUUGGGUUACUAAUAGCACAUUUAGUAUGAUUCAGGUUGUUAUUGCAAUUUGUAUGAUUCAGGUUGUUAUUGCAAUUUUCUUUUUUGGAAAGAAUUUGUUCCUAUGUGUGAUAUGUUUUAGUUGGUUUAGUGUGUGAAAUCAUAAUCCCUCAAAUAUCCUGCUGUUCGCACAAAGUUGGGGUCACCUGACAAGGAUGCUUCAUCAGCACUGGAAAAAUCUGAAGAAAUUGAUAGUCCUGAAAAACAUUUGGAUUUCCCUGCAAAGCAAUGCAAAAUAUCUGUCAAGGACCUAACCCCUAAAGAGCUGGUAGCUCUUUCAGUCAAACACUUCUCAAAAGUACAGAAAGAAAGAGCAAAUUCUUUUUUGCAUUAUGGGGCAGACUCAACUGCAGAAAGGACUGCUAGCGGAGGCUAUUGAAUAUUUGGAGCGUGCUAUCUCCAAGGUCCGUCUAGUUUAAUUUAAUUAUCUUAUGUU